AUGGCCUCUUGGUUUGGGUGGGCAACGUGGGCAGUCACGUGUGCUCUUUCGGAUAAACAUACUUCCGCGACAGGCCGCCUACCGAAACCAUACAGUAUGUAG